GCAUCUUCAGCCACAGAAGAAAGUAAAAAGACCAAAGCAUAAUGAAUAUGACAUCCCCCUCUCCGUUCAGUCUCUUAGCACAAGUCACCGAAGCAUCCGUUGCCAAAAACAGAACCUGUUAUGAUUCCGGCAUAAAUGAAGAAGUGCUUAUUUUUGCAAUCUUCACCAUGCUUUUUUGUGUGUUGGGGAUGUUCGGGAAUGGACUCGUCAUCUGGCUGCUUGGCUGCUCCGUUAAGAGGAACACUUUUGCCAUUUACAUUCUCAACCUCUCCGUUGCGGACUUUGGUUUGCUCACCACUGAGCUGAUUAUUGAAAUCCACUGGCUUUUUACACACUUGUACUGUGACUUUCCCUAUGAACUCUUCCAAACUGUCCUGCUGUUGAUGUACAGUACUGGGCAAUUUCUCCUGACAGUCAUCAGCAUUGACAGGUGUGUUUCAGUCCUUUUCCCAAUUUGGUAUCGAUGCCACCGGCCGGUGUAUUUGUUCACCCUAGUGUGUGCUGUAAUCUGGGCCGUCUCCUUCAUCCUUUCUUCGAUUCACUUCACAAUUAUAGCUGUUGGUGGGUUUGGAAAGAAUUAUACCCUAAUGUAUCAGUUCAUUGUUAAUGCCGUGCUUUGUCUCCCACUUAUGACCAUCUCCAGUGUCAUCUUGUUUAUCAAAAUCUGCUUCAUAUCCAAAAACCAAAGGCGGAGAAAGCUUUUGACAGCUAUUUUGCUCACUCUUUUCUUCUUCUUAAUCUUGGCUUUUCCACUGAAUGCCUUUUAUUUUAUUCUGUACGUUUUCCAUUACAUACAUCCCAACCUUGUACAUUAUGGCUACUUAUGUACCUGCGUGAACAGCAGCAUUAACCCCCUGAUCUAUUACCUGGUGGGGAGACAGAAGGGUAAAACUCGGAAAAGCAUCAAAGACUUGCUCCAGAAGGUUUUCAAGGAGGAGGAACUCUCUACGGAUGAGCUGGAAACUUCAGAAGGUUCCAAGAUCUGAACUCCUUAAUUUCACCAUUGUCACCCAAAAGAUGCAUUUGUUUCUUUCCAAGCAAGCACAAAAUUUGCUUUUUUUUAUUUAAAAGAAACUGGUCUUCAUACCAAUUAAUUUCUGCAUGAAUCCAGAACUUCAGCAUUAUCUGUACAGACAAUUAUCUUUCUGGAAUAUCAAAACAUUUGCCAAGUUGGUCUAACCUAUUUAUGGAAUAUCGCCUACUUUAAGCUUAAUUAGCUUGUUGUAGUUCAGCCUUCCCCAACCUGAGUGGCCUUCAAAUCUGUUUGUUUAAACUUCAGUGUCUAGCCAGUAGGACCAUUGCAGAGAAUUUUGAAAGUUGUCUGGAAGGUGUCCACCAUAGAAAGGCUACUGCCUUUUCUGCUAGACAAGACUCUAAGCCAAAGAUGGGCACAUGUGACCUUCCAAAGAUCCCAGGUUUUAUCAGCUACAUGGCCAAUGGUGAAGGAUAAUAGAAACUCCAGCUCAAGAUUAUCUAGAGAAUCAUAUGUUGCCUACCUCCACUAGACCAGGAUUCACCAAAUCAACUGAAUUGAAAGGACAGCUGUUACAACAAGGAAAGAACUUAUAAAAUCACAUUUAAAUGAAAAUGUUUUUGAAUGAUUCCAGAAGAAAGGAAUUGGAGAAAGACUGAACAGAUUUCAGGUUGUAAUAACAACAAACUGAUCUCUCUUCCUACACAGGUAUAUGUAUUGUACUUAGAGCAAUUAAAUUUCAGCCAUUUGUUAUAGAUUUACUGCCUGGACAUAGACAGAUGAGAUUUAAAGGAUUUCAUAUUAUUGAGGACAGAUACAGAAGCAAGUGGAUCCCAAAACAAUGCUGUAUAACUUUUAUGAAAGGAAAAAAAAAUAAAGUUAUUUAUUCAGCAUACUCCCCCUAAAAAACUAGUGACAAAGCAUGGAGGAACUCUGGACUUUUUUGCUUUCUUAUGAAAGUGCAAGUGACUACUUUAUAUAAGAAUGCUCCAUGUGGUUCUCUGGCUGUGGCGCAAUCCAGAGAAAGUGGAUCUUUCUUCUGCAACUAUGCUAUAAUCACGUGGGGCUGCCCAUAAAGACAUUUCGAAAACUUCAAGUGGUGCAAGACGCAGCAGGAAGGAUGGUGACAACCACUUGGCAUUCUGAUUUUAUUACAUUUAUUGUGCCAUAAUUUCAGUGGCUGCCUAUUCAGUUUAAGAGGCAAGUUGCAGAUGUUAAAUUCCUAAAUGAUUCUGGGUCAGCAUAUCUAAGAAAGCCUCUGUCCUCAUAUCAACAACAACAAAGGACAGUUUGCCAAUCUUGGUAAAUAAAGGAAAUAUUCUGAGCUUUGUGGUUUCAUAUCUUAAAUUGGCAUCACAAUUACAGGAAUAAACAGUUGUUUGAGCCUGGGCUUAGCAAGGUUAUUUUAGCCUCUGAGGACUUCAGUUUCACCAAUGGCCAUUUUUUUCUUCCAGUAAAAGCUGCUGAUCUUUAAAUGGUUGUAUUUCAUAUUGUCAUUUUACUGCUCAAUAUCUUUAUGAUGUCAUUGUUGGGGCUUAAGAAUUUGCAAGUGAAAUUGUAAUCCAUUGGAAAGGUAGAUAGCUUAACCCAAGCCUAAUAUAUUAUUAAAUAGUAUUAAAUAGAAUGAUCUGACUAAUAAUUCUUUUUAUUCAAUUAGUAUUUUUAAGAGUUAUGGUUUUAAUGACAAUGUGAACAUUUCUAAUCAUAUUCUAAUCAAUUCUAAUUAACCAAAAUUCUCUGAAGUAUUACAGAAUUAUUUAAAAUGUAAAAAUAGUAAAAACAAUAAAGUAUAUGAAUAAGAUAA